AAUUAUGAACGUGCCACACCAUGAAGCUCUUGUGGCAGGUAACUGUGCACCACACCUGGAAUGCCGUCCUGCUUCCCGUCGUCUACCUCACGGCGCAAGUGUGGAUUCUGUGUGCAGCCAUCGCUGCUGCCGCUUCAGCCGGGCCCCAGAACUGCCCCUCCGUCUGUUCCUGCAGUAACCAGUUCAGCAAGGUGGUGUGCACCCGCCGGGGCCUCUCUGAGGUCCCGCAGGGUAUUCCUUCCAACACCCGGUAUCUCAACCUCAUGGAAAACAACAUCCAGAUGAUUCAGGCCGACACCUUCAGGCACCUCCACCACCUGGAGGUCCUGCAGCUGGGCAGGAACUCCAUCAGGCAAAUAGAGGUGGGGGCCUUCAAUGGCCUCGCCAGUCUCAACACCCUGGAACUGUUUGACAACUGGCUGACUGUCAUCCCCAGUGGGGCCUUUGAGUACCUGUCAAAGCUGCGGGAGCUCUGGCUUCGCAACAACCCCAUUGAAAGCAUCCCCUCUUAUGCCUUCAACCGGGUGCCCUCCCUCAUGCGUCUGGACUUGGGGGAGCUCAAGAAGCUGGAGUAUAUCUCCGAGGGAGCUUUUGAGGGACUGUUCAAUCUCAAGUACCUGAACUUGGGCAUGUGCAACAUUAAGGAUAUGCCCAAUCUUACACCCCUAGUGGGGCUAGAGGAGCUUGAGAUGUCAGGGAACCACUUUCCUGAGAUCAGGCCAGGGUCCUUCCAUGGCCUUAGCUCCCUCAAGAAACUGUGGGUGAUGAACUCACAAGUCAGCUUGAUUGAGAGGAAUGCUUUUGAUGGGCUGGCUUCCCUUGUGGAACUCAACUUAGCCCACAAUAACCUUUCAUCUUUGCCCCAUGACCUCUUCACUCCCCUGAGAUACCUAGUGGAGUUGCACCUACACCACAAUCCUUGGAACUGUGAUUGUGAUAUCCUGUGGCUGGCUUGGUGGCUUCGGGAGUACAUUCCCACCAAUUCCACCUGCUGUGGCCGCUGUCAUGCUCCCAUGCACAUGCGAGGCCGUUACCUGGUGGAGGUGGACCAGGCGGCCUUCCAGUGCUCUGCUCCCUUCAUCAUGGAUGCACCCCGGGACCUCAAUAUCUCUGAGGAUCGGAUGGCAGAACUUAAGUGCCGGACUCCCCCUAUGUCCUCUGUGAAGUGGUUGCUGCCCAAUGGAACAGUGCUCAGCCACGCCUCCCGACACCCACGGAUCUCUGUCCUUAAUGAUGGCACCUUGAACUUUUCUCGUGUGCUGCUCAUAGACACUGGAGUAUACACAUGCAUGGUGACCAAUGUGGCAGGCAACUCCAAUGCCUCGGCCUACCUCAAUGUGAGCUCGGCCGAGCUCAACACCCCCAACUUCAGCUUCUUCACCACAGUAACAGUGGAGACCACAGAGAUCUCACCUGAGGACAUAACACGAAAGUACAAGCCUGUUCCCACCACAUCCACUGGUUACCAGCCGGCAUAUACCACCUCUACCACGGUGCUCAUUCAGACCACCCGUGUGCCCAAGCAGGUGCCAGUACCCUCAACAGACACCACCGACAAGAUGCAGACCAGCCUGGAUGAAGUCAUGAAGACCACCAAGAUCAUCAUUGGCUGCUUUGUGGCCGUGACACUCCUAGCUGCUGCCAUGUUGAUUGUCUUCUAUAAACUUCGCAAGCGGCACCAGCAGCGGAGUACAGUCACAGCUGCCAGGACAGUAGAGAUUAUCCAGGUGGAUGAAGACAUCCCAGCAGCAGCGUCUGCAGCAGCAACAGCAGCUCCAUCCGGUGUAUCAGGUGAGGGGGCAGUAGUGUUGCCCACAAUACAUGACCAUAUUAACUACAACACCUACAAACCAGCACAUGGGGCCCACUGGACAGAAAACAGCCUGGGGAACUCUCUGCACCCCACAGUCACCACUAUCUCUGAACCUUAUAUAAUUCAGACCCAUACCAAGGACAAGGUACAGGAAACUCAAAUAUGACUCCCCUCCCUCAAAAAACUUAUAAAAUGCAAUAGAAUGCACAAAAAAGAGCAACUUUUGUACAGAGUGGGGAGAGACUUUUUCUUGUAUAUGCUUAUAUAUUAAAUCUAUGGGCUGGUUAAAGAUUAUAUUAAAAUUUAAAAACAAAAAAAAUUAAAACACAACUAUUUUCUAACUUGUAAGUUCUAUUUAAAGGGGGAGGGAAGGGAAUCUUGGCAAUGUUGUGGGUAGGAGCCUCAAGUCAACUGGUGUAAGGUGGAAACUGCUCAGACAAAACAAGCUACAACAACCAGCACCCCUAGAGAGGCAGGGUGUGGACUGCUGGGGGUAGGAAUGAUAGAUCGCACCUGUCAUUUUUUAGAAGAUGCUUCACAUGAUAUAGGAAUACAAUUUCUACAGACAUCUUUCUUAAGCUGAGAGCUGUCUUUACAGAUCUAUCUUAUAAAAAUAAUUUAAAAAAGCAUCACAAAUUUGUACUCUGCCAAAAUGUUGAGAGGCAAUAAUUUUUUUUUCAUAGGCAAAGGGGACGAUAGAUCUGUAAAUAUAUUUUAGGUAGGAAAACCACCAACAUUCAAAUGAAUCCUUAAAGGGGUUGUUUCUUUGUCCAUGAGCACAAGUCCUCUGGGUUUGUGCCCUAAGACUUGCAUGUAUCUCCCCCGACAAUGCUUCAGGACAGCUUAGAAGAAAGGGAGCUGGCGUAGCUCUCAGUCGAAUGCUUUCACACUGCACCAGAUUCCUGCAGUUGGGCAUAACCCACUCUGCAAGGCAUGUGUCUAUUCAGGGUUUCCCGGGAGGAGGUGGCCAGAAGGGGGUGCGGCACUGGGGAAGGAGGGAGGCAGAAAAGCAGAGGGGAUGAUUCACAGGAGGCCAUAAAUUAGCAUUGUGCCGAGUCCACCUGUUGUUCCGGGUAUCUGACAAAUGAUUGUAGACAACGAUGACAUUUUAUGAUUUUUCAGAAAAGAUCUUGUUUGUUUAAAGGUGGAGAAAGAGGAGAGGCUGGGAGUGGGGGAACUUAGGGGAGUGGAAGCUUUUCUCAUGCUUGGGAUUUGGUGACUAUUCUAAAUGCUGAUUCAUUAGGGAUUAUUACAGCUGAUGCCAACUGGUUGUGGUGAUGGAGUAGGGGCAGAACAUGAGUAGCGAGAAAAAAAGGAGAGCUAAAAAGGGCACAGGCUCAAGUUAAAGAAGCCUUUGCCAACCAGGAUGUUCGGGGGGGGGGGGGAUGUGAAACCCAGUUACAACAAAAGUGACAAGCGGGCUCACACAACUGAGUCCUGCAUGGAGUCCUGUUGAAUGGGGCACCACGGAGGGAAGCUUCCCUCCCCUAGGCCUACCUCCAGUAGAGCUAUAAGCAGGGGGCAAGAUCUGUCAUUCUGGUCAAUUUAAUGAUGUAACUUUCAGUUAUUAUUUUAGCUUUAAGAGGAAAUAAAGGGUUCAGAUUUG